UUGGAAGAAGAGAGCAAGGAUGUGAAAGCGGAAGAAAUAAAGGAAGACGAAAAGAGUGAAGAGGAGAGUGAGGACGAAGAGGAAGAAGAGGAGGAAUCUGAAGAAGAGGAGGAGGAAGAGGAGGAAGAAGAGGAGGAAGAAUCCGAGGAAGAGGAGGAGGAGGAGUCAGGUGAUGAAGGAGUUUCUGAGGUUAGUGGGUUGGAGAUCUUAAGAGCCAAUUGCCUACUAUAUCCGAAAGAAUCCCAGUGUCUAUCGUUGAGCUCCUUCGAGCAGGUCUUACUGCAAACACUGAUUGACGUUUUCGAAAAUCGCUCUGCACAGAUUCGCUGA